AUAUAACUAAAUCUAUGGUAGAAACAGAGAGCAAUACUGUUUAAGACUUAACUGUAUGUGCUAGAUUCCUUUGUUUGAUUUUAAAUAAAACAAAAAAUAUUUAUAGCGGGAAUUUUGUAAGUGAAAAUAAAAUUUUCGCUUUUUAGAAUUUGAAACAGAUAUUUUCUAUCUUUAAAUAAUGAUAGAUCAAACUUUAGAUGAUAAUGUUUCUGAAAACGAUGAUGAGGAAACUUUUUUCCAAGAUGUGGACAUACUUCAAAAACACGGCAUCAAUGUAGCAGAUAUAAAAAAAUUAAAAGCAGCUGGAAUAUGUACUAUAAAAGGGAUACAAAUGUCCACAAAAAAAAAAUUAAAUAAUAUAAAGGGCUUUUCUGAAACUAAAGUGGAAAAAAUUAAAGAAGCUUGUCAGAAAGUAAUAUCGUUAGGAUUCAUGACGGCUUUAGAAGUUAGCGAUCGGCGCAAACAGGUAUUCAAAAUUAGCACCGGGAGUGGCGAAUUAGACAGAUUGCUUGCCGGUGGCAUUGAAUCAAUGGCUAUAACUGAAGUUUUCGGUGAAUUUCGGACUGGAAAAACACAACUGUCCCACACAUUAUGUGUGACCACACAGAUACCUACCUCAAACGGUUAUCACGGCGGAAAAGUUAUGUUUCUCGACACUGAACAUACUUUUCGCCCAGAUAGACUGCGUCCGAUUGCUGACAGGUUUAAUUUAGACCAAAACGCUGUUUUGGACAACGUCUUAUACGCCCGAGCUUACACCUCUGAACAUCAGGCCGAACUGCUGGACUACGUAGCUGCAAAGUUUCAUGAAGAGGCAGGAGUUUUUAAAUUGCUCAUCAUUGAUUCCAUCAUGGCUCUUUUUAGAGUGGACUUCUCUGGGCGUGGCGAAUUAGCCGAUCGUCAGCAGAAGUUGGCACAGGUGUUGUCGAGAUUGCAAAAGAUUUCCGAAGAAUACAACGUUGCGGUAUUCAUUACCAACCAAAUGACGGCUGAUCCUGGUGCGACGUUGACAUUUCAAGCAGAUCCAAAGAAGCCGAUCGGGGGUAACAUCCUCGCCCACGCUUCUACUACGAGGAUUGCCCUCCGGAAGGGAAGAGGAGAGAAUAGGAUUGCAAAAAUAUACGAUUCUCCUGACUUACCUGAGAGUGAAGCUACAUUUGCUAUAACAAACGGCGGAGUAGCAGACGCCAAAGAUUAGGAAAAUAUUGUAUAUUGCACUCCUAAAAUUAUAUAUGUACUUAAUAGAAUUACCUAGACGUUAAUAAACUUGAUGAUGCUAAGAGCAGAGUGGUCUUCAU